CCCCGCCCCCGGGAUUCCUCCGGUCUCCGCACUGCCUUCCACUGUUCUUCGUCCCCGAAAUUUGUUUAUUGAUGGUACAACAAGUGAGGCAGUGAACAAACCAGUAUUUGGGAAGGAGUGAACCAGCGGAUUUGUAAGGAGAGAUCCGUUCAAAUCCACUGGGUGCAAGCUACCUCGAAGCAUCACUAGUGUAUCCACCAUCCAUGAGCCAUGAAAUGUACCAGCGGGUUUACCUACUCAACCGCUUGGCUAAGGGCGGAUGAUACCUAUUGAACAUCAACUAAUUGACAACGCCAGCUUGCGUCUUUUAGCUCUGUCUUGUUUGAUUUUUAUUUGCUGGUAUACAUAAAAAAUGAUCUCAGACUUGAUUUUCGGACAAUCUGAUAACUGGAACUUAGAACCAUAAGGGUCGAAGCCUAGAGUGUAAGAUAUUUCAAGAGGCCCCUCAAAAGUAUUAGGAGGUGCUCAUAAAUAGCAGGAGUACGAAUGUACGUAGAAGUUGAGAACCCGUCAAACAUCGAAACGACCAAACGGCUUGAGCGCCAAGACUCGCUUUUUGGUGAUGCGGAGAAGGUCUCUAACAUCACAGGCCAUGGCUCCAAGGAAAACUGGACACAAGUGCUACAUCUUGCAUUCCUGAGCAUCGGCAUCAUUUAUGGGGAUGUUGGGACGUCACCGCUCUAUGUGUACUCGAGUACCUUCCCUAAUGGCAUCAAGAACAAGGAUGAUCUCUUGGGUGUCCUGUCGCUCAUCCUGUAUACCCUCAUCCUUAUACCAAUGAUCAAGUAUGUCUUCAUUGUGCUAUAUGCAGAUGACAACGGAGAUGGUGGCACAUUUGCGCUGUACUCACUCAUAUCGCGGUAUGCAAAGAUAAGGCUGAUCCCGAACCAGCAGGUAGAGGAUUCAAUGGUGUCGAAUUACAGCAUAGAAUCACCCAGCUUACCGCUGAGGAGGGCACAAUGGUUGAAGGAUAAGUUUGAGUCCAGCAAGGCAGCCAAGAUUGGGCUCUUCACCAUCACAAUUCUUGGCACGUCCAUGGUGAUGGGUGAUGGAACCUUGACACCAGCAAUUUCCGUGCUCUCUGCAGUAAGUGGGAUCAGAGAGAAAGUGCCUAGUUUAACUGAAACACAGGUAGUCUGGAUCUCGGUGCCUAUUCUGUUCAUGCUCUUUUCAGUCCAGCGUUUUGGGACUGAUAAGGUCGGGUACUCCUUUGCUCCAAUCAUUUCUGUGUGGUUUGUUCUUAUUGCUGGCAUUGGAAUGUACAAUAUCAUGGUGUAUGAGAUCGGCAUUCUUCGAGCCUUCAAUCCAAUGCACAUACUAUAUUACUUCAGGAGAAAUGGUAAGGAAGCAUGGGUUUCACUGGGAGGUGCUAUCUUGUGUGUUACAGGUACAGAGGGUAUGUAUGCUGAUCUAGGACAUUUCAAUAUCAGGGCCAUUCAGAUAAGCUUCACUGCUGUUUUGUUCCCCUCUGUGGCACUGUGUUACAUUGGGCAGGCAGCAUAUCUGAGAACAUUUCCAGAGAAUGUUACGGACACCUUCUACAGGUCUAUCCCAGCGCCAUUGUUCUGGCCAACCUUCAUCAUUGCCAUUUUUUCGGCUAUCAUUGCAAGCCAAGCAAUGCUCUCUGGUGCAUUCUCUAUCCUCUCCAAGGCCCUAUCUCUGGGUUGCUUCCCCAAGGUUCGUGUGAUCCAUACCUCAAAGCAUCACGAGGGACAGGUGUACAUUCCUGAAGUGAAUUUUCUGAUGGGACUGGCUAGCAUUAUAAUCACAAUCACCUUCAGAACAACCACUGAAAUCGGCAAUGCAUAUGGGAUCUGUGUUGUCACUGUCUUCUCAAUCACCACACAUUUGAUGACCGUCGUGAUGCUGCUCGUGUGGAAGAAGAACAUCAUCUUCAUCUUGUUGUUUUACGUUGUGUUUAGUUCCAUAGAAUGGAUCUACCUGUCUUCAAUACUGUCAAAGUUCAUCCAGGGUGGGUACCUGCCAUUCUGUUUCGCUCUCGUCCUGAUGGCUCUAAUGGUAACAUGGCACUAUGUGCAUGUCAUGAAGUACUGGUACGAGCUUGACCACAUUGUCCCCAUUGAUGAUGUGACGAUACUGCUCGAGAAGCAUAAUGUGCGGCGGAUCCCUGGGGUGGGCCUCCUGUACUCGGAGCUGGUGCAAGGUAUUCCCCCGGUGUUUCUGCAGUUGGUGCAGAAAAUACCAUCUGUGCACUCUGUCUUUUUGUUCAUGUCGAUCAAGCACCUACCGAUUCCGCAUGUUGUGCCUGCGGAGCGGUUCCUCUUCCGGCAGGUCGGCCCAAGGGAGCAUCGGAUGUUCCGGUGCGUGGCACGGUAUGGGUAUAGUGAAACGGUAGAGGAUUCAGGGGAGUUUGCAAGGUUCCUCGCGGACAGGCUGAAGAUAUUCAUCGAAGAUGAGAGUGUAUUUGCAGCGGAUAAACCGGAGAACGAGGAUACAGAAGGCCAGACGAGGCCUAGGCAGUCUGCACGCUCUGUCGUACACAGUGAGGAGGUGAUAGAGCCGCAAAUGAGCAGCCAUGUAGGGAACAUUAGUACCUAUUCGCUUCAGACAAUUGAGGAAGAGAAGCAACUGAUUGACGUAGAGAUGGAGCGAGGGGUGGUUUAUCUUAUGGGGUCAGCCAAUGUGAUAGCAGGACCCAAAUCGUCCGCCGUGAAGAAGGUAGUGGUAAACUAUGUGUAUGCAUUCUUGAGGAGGAACUUGGCAGAGGGUCACAAGGUGCUGGCCAUUCCGAAUGACCAACUGCUCAAAGUUGGGAUCACAUACGAGAUUUAGAGAUGUUAACUGAAAGUAUGAGGUUAGGCUAACCUACAGUACCA